AUGGAUCCGAGACAACGAUUAUACGAAGUCUACCCAGGGGCAGACAUUGUCCACCCACCCCCGUUUCCAAAGCGGCCAGAUCUCUUCAAUCGAGCGCCGCUAGCCCCAGCGUUGACUGAAGACGACGCAUUUCUUGCCCGUCGAUUUUGGGAGCAGCCCGACGAAUCUCUCGGACGUGCAUGGAAGGCACAUGCCAAUCGACCUUAUACCCGAGCAACCGAAGAAGAAGAAUCGGUAAUGCACGCGUUAGCUCACAAUGUCUAUGAGCACCUGAUGAGCAAUCCACUUCUUCCAGUCUCGCGUGAGGAUGCACGAGCCAGAUUCGCAGCAGAGGGCUUGGACGAGACCUAUAACGGCAUGCAGGGACUAGACGCAAUGGAACAAAAAGUGUUCAUACACGGCCUCAACGUCAGGGAUCCGGAUCUUUGGACGAAAGAUGCACUCACAGAUGAACUGAGAUCAAGGGGUCUAAGCACAGACGGGAGAAAAACAGACCUUCAACGUCGUCUAUGGGAAUACGAAUGUGAUGAGCGCUUUGGGGUCUCGAGACAAAGCAACCUGAGUCAUUGGGGUAUUUAUCGUGAGCCAAGGCCUGUAAUGAGCCCUGCUACGAGAACAGAUAUGUCUGCACUUGAAAUGUACACCGCGGCAAUUAAACUGAGCCCGUACAAUCCGACUUACUGGAACAGCCGUGCGUAUUGUCAUUAUCUGCUGGGCCAUUUUGAUCUCGCCAUUGGAGACGCCUAUCGCGGAGAAAUUCUCUGCGAAGUGUUGACGACAGCAACGCAAAGGAACAAGCGCCCAGGAAUGUAUACCCGGGUUUGGGACGCCAUUCAGCAGCACCUGAUGAUGGAAUUGAAGAUCAAGGGAGUCCCAAUGACAAGGGAAGUUCUGCAAAUGAGGAAGGCAAAUGGUAUCAACUAUUUCAUUCCAACUCUGAGGAAUGCCCUUCACAGCAUUACCAGUCUCAGCCUCGCAGCACUGAAUUGCUGGGAUGAUUUCGAAGACCAUAUGCAGGGUCAACUCCAAAGACCCCUGCCGUACCGCGAUGUGUCAGUUCCCAAAAAACGAAUGACAGUGAGCGCUGCUGUGAAAGCGGAGAUUGGACAUAGGAGAGAGAAUCCCUCAGCGCUUCAUCCAUCCCUUUAUGGACACGAGUGGAGCCGAGGAUGGAUCUCAGGUGCCGGCAAAUAUCCAUACGACCAAGCGGAUGUGAGACGCCAAUCGCCAUAUUUCAUCGAUGCACUCAACGCCAAUAUGUUCACGGCUAAUGCCAGUGCCGGAAAGUCUUCCCAACGGACCUGCCAAGUGCAGCCGACAUUCACAAAGAACAAUUCCUUCAAUGGUUUGGGGGUCUUUGCCACGGGAAAUAUCAAAGCAGGAACCAUAAUUCACUACGAGGAGCCCGUUAUUCGCGGAAACCUCAUCCCAAACAGGCUGCUUGAUGAUGAAAGUGAACACCCUCUCCAUGCCCCACGAUGUGACAACUGUCAAACCGUGAUUGACCCAGAAGAGGUCCAGCAUAUCGAGGAUAACUGGGACGCAAUUAAUAAUCCUACGUCUCUUCCUGGAUGGGGACACCCACCUAGUUGCGUAUGUCUUGACAUGAUGUGUAAAUGUGCGGAUGUAGGAUAUUUCAGAGCUACAAGGGGCGGUCUGCUGUUCUGUUCUUCCAACGAUGCAGUAUCAGACGGCGUGGCUCCCCAUUGUCUGGCGAUUGCGCGCGAAAUAUAUCAUUUCAAAGAAUUCUGUGGCCUCGAUUGGGGCUGGUUGCAUGAUGCCAUGCGACCUAAUAAAGUGACUUGGGGCGGAUCGCAGUAUUUCACCCACACCAAUGAACGCCAUGGGACUGUUUUGAGUCUACUAUUGAAGAGCGUGCUCGAGCUCACGCUCCACCGCCGCCAAGAGGACCCUGAUCUUCUUGCGCAUGAAAUUAACGAACUCCUCGUUCUCGAGGCAGGCACUGACACGAACGAGCCGUGGAAAAAUAGCUGGUUCCCUUUCACUCUGGCCGGUAACAUCCAGAUACCUUUCGAUAUCCUUUUCAACCUUGGAGUGGACAUCUUCAGUGAUCUCUCAUUCGAUACUUGGGUUAUUCAGACUGUGCUGCGGAAGUUGUUGGUCAAUGCUGUUCCCUGGGAACAUGAACGGCGAGGUGCGAAUCCAACAUUCAAUGACCGGGAUGGUCCCAAGCCAGUGCUACACCCAACCCUACAAAGUAGAAUGCGAGACAGAAACGAAGACCUCUCGGCAAUGGAACCAUCGUUUGCGAACUUCUACCUCUUCCCUGGAUUAAGCAUGUUCAAUCAUUCCUGUCGCCCUUUUGAAAACGCACUGUGGGGAUACGAUGGCAAGGUCCCCAACCGCAUAGUUGUCUGGGCGAACAAAGACAUCAAAGCCGGGGAGGAGAUCAGAAUUCCGUAUCAACGUUAUAGGAUUGCUGAUCCCGUCGGCGAAGACAUCGAUCGCAAUAUGCACGCCGUACAGCUGUUUGGAAAGAACUGUGAGUGUCCUCGAUGCCAAGGCAGGGGGCUUGUUCCUCCCGUUGGUAAUGGGGAAGUCAAAUCCGUGUCCGGUAGCGAUGCUGGUCACGAUGAUGAGACUGUUGAUUGGACACCGGGUCCUGUGACGAUUCCCCCAAAGCAGGAAAUUUGGGGUGGUAUUCUCAGAGAGGACGAUUCUGAGCUUGAUGAGUAUCUCAGAGAGUAUCGGGAGAUUGUGGAUGAUAUAUAUGAUGAAUUCUACGAUCUCGAUGACCCGGAAACCUUCGAGGAUUAG